UCUGAACAAUGGCUCUGCGCGAGAGGAUGAUCCGAAGCCGGAGAGAAGUGUGAUUUAACACAGUUACUGAAUAUCACUCUGCCUUUAACGCUCUCUUCAACACAAACACAAUGAAUAUGUGGAUACCCACAGAAAACGAGAAAUACGGAGUCGUGCUGGUCAGUUUCCGGGGGACGGUACAGCAUGGCUUGCCCCUGGAGAUCGGGGAUACGGUGCAGAUCCUGGAGAAAUGUGAAGGCUGGUACAGAGGAUUCAUCCUGAAGAACCCAAAUGCCAAGGGGAUUUUUCCUUGCAGUUACAUCCAUCUGAAAAAUGCUCAUAUCAAGAAUAAAGGGCAAUUUGAGCUGGUGGUGCCAACCGAAGACUCUGUCAUUACUGAGAUGACGUCCACACUGAGGGACUGGGGUGCCAUGUGGAAGCAGCUCUUUGUGAAAAAUGAAGGCGAUCUGUUUCACAGACUGUGGCACGUUAUGAAUGAGAUUUUGGAUCUGAGGCGACAGGUUCUAGUUGGUCACCUGACUCAUGACCGCAUGAGGGACGUCAAACAGCACAUCACAGCACGACUGGACUGGGGGAAUGAGCAGCUGGGUUUGGACCUGGUACCCCGGAGAGAAUUCAGCAUGGUCGACCCGGACGAAAUCAGCGUUACCGAGCUCUACCGACUGAUGGAGCAUCGGCAUAGGAAGAAAGAAACUCCAAGUCCUGUCAGCACACAUCACCUGUUUGUCCAUUUGAAGAGUCUGAUGAGCUCAAACCUGGGCGAAGAACUAGAGGUCUUCUUCUUCAUCUAUGAUAGUCGAGAAUGCAAACCACUCAGUGAACGGUUCUUUGUUAAACUCAAUAAAAAUGGUCUGCCCAAGUUUCCCGAGAAGACCGAAAGACAAAGCACACUUUUUGUGGAUAUCGGGAGCGGAGACCUGAGAAAAGACGUGUAUAUUGUCGUACACAUCAUUAGAAUUGGGCGAAUGGGUGCAGGAGAGAAGAAGAACACGUGUAAUGUUCAAUACAGGCGUCCGUAUGGUUGUGCUGUGGUCUGUAUUGCUGAUCUUCUCACUUCUGACUCGAAAGAUGACCACCUGCUGAAGGUUUAUGCUUGCAACACAGAAAGUGACUGGAGUCAAAUUCACGAAAACAUUAUUAAGAAAGUGAACUCCAGAUACAACCUCUCAGGGUCCAACACAGGCAUGGCAGUGGCUCUCCAGUUGUUACACGGGGACAUCGAACAGUUGAGGAGAGAAUAUUUGGUCCUCUUUACCAGGGGAGUCUCCAUCACCAAAAAACUGGGUUUCUCUGAUGUCAUCAUGCCAGGUGAAAUGAGGAAUGACCUAUAUGUUACACUGGAGAAGGGGGAGUUCGAGAAAGGAGGGAAGAGUGUGGCGAGAAACGUGGAGGUCACCGUCUACGCACUGGAUGCUGAUGGGCAGAUUCUUAAGGGUUUUGUGGCCGUGGGGUCGGGCGAGCCAGGUGGAGACGAGUAUCACACAUUUGUGCUGUACCACAACAACAGCCCGCGAUGGGCUGAGCUAAUCAAGCUGCCCAUCCCCGUUGAUAUGUUCCACGGCUCGCAUGUUCGUUUUGAGUUCCGUCACUGUUCCACUAAAGACAAAGGGGAAAAGAAGCUCUUUGGAUUCUCAUUCGUUCCUCUAAUGCAGGAAGAUGGGCGGACUUUGCCCGAUGGCACCCAUGAGCUCAUUGUUCAUAAGUGUGAAGAGAAUGCUAGCCUGCAAGACUGUGCGCGCUACCUCAAACUGCCUUUCUCGAAAUCAAAUCUGCCCGGCAACAACCAAACUGUGAAAGGCAGUAAAGAGUCUCUUUGGAUCACAUCUUUCCUGUGUUCAACCAAGCUCACUCAGAACGGUGAUAUGCUGGAUUUACUGAAGUGGAGAGCUCACCCGGAGAGAAUCAGUGACAGUCUGUCAAAACUCAAAGAGAUCGAUGGCUCAGAAAUAGUGAAGUUUUUACAGGACACACUGGAUACACUUUUUGGUAUUUUGGAUGAGAGCUCACAAAGAUAUUCACUCAAGGUUUUUGAUUGUCUGGUGCACAUUAUAAACCUGCUACAGGAUAGCAAGUUUCAGCAUUUCAAACCAGUUAUGGACACCUACAUUGAAAGCCACUUUGCAGGAGCCCUGUCAUACAGGGAUCUGAUCAAGGUGCUAAAGUGGUACGUAGACCGCAUUAUUGAAGCUGACUGUCAAGAACACAUCCGACAGGUGUUACAGGCGACGGAGUACAUUUUUAAAUAUAUUAUCCAAUCUCGGUGGCUGUUUGCACUAGCCACGGGGGGACAGAACGAAGAGGAGUUUCGAUGCUGUAUGCACGAGCUGUUUAUGUCCAUAAGCUUCUUCCUCUCGCAGGAGAACAAAAGCUCACAGCCCAUCAUUCAAACACAGACAGUGUUUUUGCAAUCAUUUCCGGCUGUGUAUGGAGAGUUGCUGAAGCUUUUUACUGUAAGGGAAGUGGCCGCGUUUGUGCGCGAGACGUUGGGCAGCCUCCCCACCGCAUCCCAAGCAGACUGCCCCCUGGAGGCCAUCAAACUGCACUGCAUCGCCAAAACAGUGGACAGCGAACUCUACACCAACCCAGAGUCUAGAUGUAUCCUGCUGCCGGUGGUGUUGCGUUUGCUACAGGCUCAUAUGCAGGAACAAAAAGAUCUCGUCAUGUGUGCUCACAUCCUUACCUGCAUGCUGUCUCUACUCAAGAAGGAAGACACGGAGCUGACUGUAUCCGAGGAGGUUGACUUGAUUGUGGAGAGUGUUUUGGGUGUGUUACUGCGGACAGUACUGGAAGUCGCUAACCGACCCCAUCCACCAGGGUCCACACUUCGCCCCCAGAUUCAAGACGUUACGGGAGAGUUUGUGUCAUGUCUUCUGGCUCUGUUGAGGCACAUGAAGGAUCGACAUUACCAGCAGCUUCUGCAGAGCUUCACAAGUAAAAACGAUCUGCGGGAUUUUCUCCUCCAUAUUUUCACCGUGUUUCGGAUCCUAAUAAGGCCAGAGAUGUUCCCGAAAGACUGGACGGUCAUGCGACUUGUCACUAACAAUAUCAUCAUCACCACUGUGCUCUACCUGUCCGACGCUUUAAGGAAAGACUUCCUUAAUGACAAUUUCGACUAUAAGGUGUGGGAUUCUUAUUUCUGCCUGUCUGUCAUCUUCAUCAACCAGCCUUGCCUUCAGCUUGAGACCUACUCUGCAUCUAAGAGGAAGAAAAUACUGGAAAAGUAUGGAGAUAUGCGUGUAAUGAUGGGAUGUGAGAUAUUCAGCAUGUGGCAAAAUUUAGGAGAGCACAAGUUAAAUUUCAUCCCAGCGAUGAUUGGUCCGUUCCUGGAGGUGACGUUGGUACCCCAACCUGACCUGAGGAAUGUCAUGAUCCCGAUAUUUCAUGACAUGAUGGACUGGGAACAGCGCAGAAGUGGCAACUUCAAACAGGUGGAGGCAAAACUUAUUGACAAGCUGGACAGUCUUAUGUCAGAGGGGAAAGGAGACGAGACAUACAGAGAGCUCUUCAACAGCAUUCUGUUGAAGAAGAUUGAGAGAGAGACCUGGCGAGAGAGCGGAAUAUCACUCAUCGCCACGGUUACACGACUUAUGGAGAGACUGCUGGACUACAGGGACUGUAUGAAAAUGGGAGAAGUGGACGGAAAGAAGAUUGGCUGUACAGUCAGUCUGCUGAACUUUUACAAAACAGAGCUGAAUAAAGAGGAAAUGUACAUCCGGUACAUUCACAAGCUGUAUGACCUGCACCUGAAAGCUCAGAAUUACACAGAGGCCUCAUACACACUUCUACUCUAUGAUGAGCUGUUGGAGUGGUCCGAGAGACCCCUGAGGGAGUUUCUGAGUUAUCCCAUGCAGAGCGAGUGGCAGAGGAAAGAAAACCUGCACCUCACCAUCAUUCAGAACUUUGACCGUGGAAAGUGUUGGGAAAAUGGCAUCAUUCUGUGCAGAGAGCUGGCUGACCAGUAUGAAUCCUACUAUGAUUACAGAAACCUCAGCAAAAUGAGGAUGAUGGAAGCCUCAUUUUACGAUAAAAUAAUGGACCAGCAGCGUCUGGAACCCGAGUUCUUCAGAGUGGGCUUCUAUGGCAAGAAGUUCCCCUUCUUUUUACGGAAUAAGGAGUUUGUGUGUCGUGGUCAUGACUAUGAGCGGCUGGAGGCGUUCCAGCAACGCAUGCUCAAUGAGUUCCCACAUGCCAUCGCAAUGCAACACGCCAACCAGCCCGACCAGACCAUCUACCAGGCUGAAGCCCAGUACCUGCAGAUCUACGCUGUCACACCAAUCCCAGACAGCCAGGACGUCCUGCAGCGAGAUGGCGUCACGGACAACAUCAAGAGCUUCUAUAAAGUCAACAACAUCUGGAGGUUCCGCUAUGACAGGCCAUUUCACAAGGGCACCAAAGACAAGGAGAAUGAGUUUAAGAGCCUGUGGGUUGAAAGGACUACGCUAAUGCUCGUUCAAAGUCUACCCGGCAUCUCACGGUGGUUUGAAGUGGAGAGGAGAGAGCUGGUGGAGGUGAGUCCAUUGGAGAACGCCAUCGAGGUGAUCGAAAACAAGAACCUGCAGUUACGGACCUUGAUCACGCAGUGUCAAACGCGACAGAUGCAGAACAUCAACCCGCUGACUAUGUGUCUUAAUGGAGUCAUCGACGCCGCCGUCAACGGAGGUCUCGCUCGCUAUCAGGAGGCGUUCUUUGUGAAGGACUACAUCAUGAAUCACCCAGAAGACGGUGACAAGAUCGGCCGUCUCAGAGAGCUCAUGUUUGAACAGGCUCACAUAUUGGAGUUUGGUUUGGCUGUGCAUGAGAAAUUUGUACCUCAGGACAUGAGGCCCCUGCAUAAGAAACUGGUGGAUCAGUUUCACCUAAUGAAAUCAAGCCUUGGCAUACAGGAGUUUCCGACUUCUGUGCGGGCCAGCCCGAUCCACUUCACCAACGGAAGUCCUCGUACUGGCAGGAACUCAGCGCCCAACAUCAUGAGUCCAGAGGGAGGUGCGCGUGUGGUGGCGCGACACAGUCCCCUAAGCUAUCCAGCAGUCAACCGCUACUCUUCGUCAUCGCUGUCAUCACAGGCCUCCAAUGAAGUAAGCAACAUCACUGGCCAAUCAGAGAGCUCCGACGAAGUCUUUAACAUUCAGCCAAGUCCAUCUACCUCAAGUCUCAGUUCCAAUCACUCUGCCUCUCCAAACGUGACAAGCUCAGCUCCAUCCAGUGCCAGAGGUUCACCGCAGCUGUCAGAUAAACACAAACAUUCCCGAGAGAACGGCCUCUCACCCCGAGAGAGACCCUGCAGUGCCAUAUAUCCAAACCCCCUGGAUCCCACACAGAGGCCGGUUCAUCACACAGCGGGCGACGCAUUCUUACCACGCAGUGAUCCCAACAUCUCCACCCUCGAUAAAGUGGUCAAGCCUGCAGUUUGUACCUGGAGUCUAGUCACGCCGCUAUCUGAUUUAAACGGAAAGUGCCCCCCUGUCCCUCCUAGGCCACCGUACACAGGGUCUCCAGCCAAGACAAGAUCGCAGUCCCCUGUGAUGGCAUCACGCUCCCCUCAAAAGAGUGCGGCGCCCCCAUUUACCCCCUCACCCACAGAAUUCCACUCUUCAGGGCUGGUGUCUAACUCGCCGGUGCUUUCGGGAAGCUACAGUAGUGGCAUCUCCUCUCUCAGUCGCUGUAGUGUCUCGGAGGCCUCCGGUACCGAGACAACGCCCGCAGACCAUGCCCUCCCAAACUCUGCCUCCAGUGGCUCAGAUGAGCUCUUUCGGCGGGAGAACAAGACACCGCCUCCUUACAGCAUCCACGAGCGAAACCCCCGCAGGCAGGUGCCACUUCCCCCAUGCCUGGCGAUUCACACAAAUAUCGACGCACCGCCCAUUCCACCGAAACCCCACCAGAUUCGAAGGCAAGACACUGAACCACGUCGACCCGACCAGUUUCCCAGACCCAGACCAAUUCCGAGGAAAGUCUCGCAGCUCUAAUGUUGCACCCCGAACACCAACCCCACCUUUUGCACUUUUACAUUAAAAGGGGUAGUUCACUCAAAAAUAAAGAUUUAAAUAAAGGUGUUGGGCAGAAUGUCAGUCCCAGUCACUUUUAUUGUAUGGAGAGAAAAAAGGUCCAAUGAAAGUGAAUGGUGACUGGGGCUAACAUUCUGCUUUACUGUACAUCUCAUGUGUUCAUAUGGGUUAGGAAGAACUUGAGAGUUAGUAAAUGAUGACAGAUUUUGCAUUUUUGCAUGAACUAUCUCUUUAAUCUCUCUGGGUUUACAAAUCCAAAUUCCAAACUCCCAGUUUAAUGUAAAAAAGAAAAUGUCUGGAUUAUUUUUGUUAUAUGUGUAUAAAUAUAUUUAGAGUGUGAGAGAGGAUUAAAGGUGUAUCAUUGCAUUUUUAUGCACUUUUUAGGUAUUAAUUGUAGGUUCACUUGUCAAAUAUCGUAAGGCCCUGAAUUAACAAUAAAACAUGGUAUUUUAAAAGAUUUUUCAUAUAUGUAUCAAUGCUAAUAUGUGUAUUAGUGGUUGAUACUAGACAAAGUGUUGCCUUAAGAUAUAAAAACUGUCUUUUAAUCAAUGGUUCAUGCACGACUUAAAGUACUUUGUAUUUUCUAUAUAGCCAAAUGGUUCUAGAACUCCUCUAUAUUAAUGUCAGCACUGAAUAUUUUCCCAGAAUCGUUUUUUCUGCUUUUGUAAAAAAUCAUUUCACCAUGGUCUCUAUUCUCAUUUCUAAAUCAGACAAAUCAGUAUAAUUUCACAGUUUAAACUCUGCCAUGCUAAUGUGAAAAUGCUUUAAAAAUAAGUUUAAUCAAGAGUUGUAUCUUCCUCCCCGUCUUUCCAAUUGGAGUGGGCAGAGCUAUGCAAGCUCAUUAAAUCAGUAAGCAUUGACGGUUGGGGGUUGUAUGUGGUCGGAGUGAGUCCUAACUAGAGUUUGCGCAUGGAGCGCCUUUUCCCACACAUUGUAAAUGCAGAUGGACUUUCUGAGGAGUUCUGCCAAGUGUCGUGCCAAAGGAAUAGGUGGGCUGUAAGGAAAUGGAUUUCCUGAACUCGAAGAUGCUCUAUUAGGAUGCAAAUUGAGUGUUAGACAUUGACUGUAAUAGACUCCACUGUAAAAACUUGCAGCGCGACUGCUUUAUGGCACUGAAUUGCUGCUGGCUGUCUUGGAAGGUACAGACCAAUAAAAGAGUUUGAAAUGAAAGCUACUUUAUCUGCCCAUGGAUAUUACAGAGAUUUAACCUGCCUUUGGAUAAUAAGGGCUCACGUUUCCUGUUCACACUGAAUCCGAAUUGCAUUCCAAUACAAAACUGGAUUGGCACAUCUGGAAAGUCCUCUUCCUUUGAUUUAAGUUUCAUUUACUAGUAAGAAUUUUAGUAACAGAUUUGUAAUGAUUAUUAUACAUUUUCGCAUAUGCCUUAACAUGCAUAGAUGCUUUUGUAGAUGACAGACAUGUUUACACUACUCAAAUUUGUACAGUAGUGUAAAAUAUGCAAAAAGCACUCAUGAAUGUUGGCGCAUUAUGCAUGAGAACUUGAUUUGUUGUCCAAAUGUUGCCAAGUUAAUUGUAGAAUUUUUUUAAGGCCCUGUAAAGUAAAUAAUAGACCUUAUUCAUCUUUGAUUUUUUUUAAUGGGAAUGACAACGAGGCUGUGAGGGACUGUCUCUUCAAUGGCACGAAUGGUAUAAAGCUCCUAGAUCAGGGGUCUGCAUUAUAAUUUGCUCUCAGCGCCCCUUGGCUUUCUUUGAACACCCCAAAAGGAUGCCAGGGGGCGCUGAGAGCAAAUUAGUAGAGAGGGAGGCAUUAGGUUACAAACGGGGGGCAUUUAUCAGUCAUAAUAAUCAAAUCUAUCAUCAAGUUCCUCUUUGCAUUAAAACGUUUAUCUAGACUUUGAGGAUAUCUGUUGGUUCUCAAUUAUACGGGUACGGGAAUGAAGAAGGUGGGGUGGUUUGAGAAGCACUGUCCUAGCUCACAUCUGUUUUCCCACAACAACUCACACUGUCUGGGGUUUUUUGUAUAGUGAAUGUCCUUGGACAGAUAUUUUAUCAAUACUAUUCAAAAACACUUAAAACGGCAGUACAGCCCAUUGAAGAGAUUGUAAGUCUAUCCCUCACAGCCUUGUUGCCAUUACGGUUCAAAAUCAAAGAUGGCGCUGAUGUGAAUAAGGUCUAUGGUAAAUAUAUAAAAGAUGCAAGAUCAGCUAUUUUUUGCAUAAAAAAAAAAAUGUGAUCUGAUAACUCAAUUUGUUUGUUUCGUGUUUCUUAUUGAUUCUCAGAUUAAAUUAAGUAUUUUUAUUUUCACCUUUUUUAUGAUCGCAAUUUAAGAGACCGAUUUGUUGCGAAUUCAUAAAAAUCAUGACUUAAUUUCAGAACUGUAAAUGAACUAACAAGAUUGUUGUAAUUAUGCCAAAUUCAAAGUCUUGUCUUUUGUAAAUACUGUGUUUUUAACAGAAAAAAAACUGUAGCUAUAACAAAUUUACAGCUUUGAAUGUUUGAGCAGCAAAUUAAGAUGAUAAAUGUCAAAUAUUUAUGUAUUUUGUAAGCGUAGAGAAAAUGAGGUCGAGACGGCGCCUAACACAUUUACAUUCUAAUGACUUUGUCUAAUAAACGUUUCAA